UGCGAGAGCCAGCAGACUCAAGCUAAAUCCUUGCUCCAAGCAACCAGCAACGAGACGAUCGAACAGGCAGCGGCCGCAGCUGCCCAAGCUGCAGUGAACGCCUUCACUGGUUCUUCAUCGUCUUCUCAAGCGGUAGUUCCUGAGAGAAACGCGUCGAGUGAGGGCAAAGUUCCUUCUGCGGUCCAAGAAACCCUAAAUUCUACUGCUGUUGUUGGCGCAAGCGGGAAUGAUAUCAACAUUACUUCCUCUGCAUCCCAGCGGACUUUGGAUUUAGUACACGAACUCCCACCCAAGGUUGUGAGGGAAAUCCUCUCGGGUAAGUUUAUGGACAUGUCCAAAUUGUCGUGCUGCAGAAUUGUUAGAAUACCUGUCAUUAAUUCGUUAUGCAGCUGA